ACUACCAACUUUCAUCACUCUUUAAUACCACCACUUUAAUUACCUAAUAGCUCUCCGAGCCUAGUCAAUCGUUUCCUCACCCAUCCAACACCUCCAUCAUCACCAUGUUGUCCUCUAUGCUCCUCGCUGCCAGCGCCAUUGCGCUCGGCGUCAGUGCCCAGGAUCUCCCCCACCAUUACGCCCGGGACGCUGGAGUUGCAGUCGAUGUCGAUAUCCGCCUGCCAGCUCUCUACGUUCAUGCCGAGCUUGACGCUGAAGUUGAUGCUGAUAUCCAUGUCGACCUCAACCUCCUCAACAUUAUUGAGGUUAAGGCUGAUGUCGAUAUUCAGGCUGAACUGCAGGCCAAGGUCGACCUUUGGGUUGGCCCAGAGAUUGACUUCAUCCACGGACAGAAGUGGUACUUGUCUCACACAUCUGGUACUCCAUUUUCCAACUUGACCCACGGUGGAUGCGAAUUCAAGUACCAGAACCCCAGCGACCCCAAGUCUGAGGUCGACUUCCUCCUUGCUCUUGAAGUUGGAGUAAUUGGACUUGACGUUCAGGUCGGCACGAUCUUCGGUGGUCUGGUCGCAUACCCCAACUACCCCUACUCUUGGAAGUUCACCGGCGCUGGUCAGCUCCUCAGUGUUACCGCCGACAUCACUAUCCUUGGCUGGGGAACCGACGCCAACGGCAACGCAUUCCUGGUUAUCCACAACUCUGCUUUUGUUGGCCUCAACAUUGGCGCCAGCAUCUCCAUCUACAGCGCCAGUGCUCAUGGCGUUGCUGAUGUCACCCUCCAUGCUAUCAUCGCGGCUUCCAUUGACCUCAACGUCCUUGACAUCAAGGUCCUUGUCAACGUCCUUGUUAGCCUUGGCAUUCAGAUCAACGCCGAGAUCGACCUCGACCUCCUUGACGGUUGCGACGCUGCUUGCCGUGCCAACCAAUACACCCGCAACUUCCCCCUGCUCAGCAUCGGAUCCAGGAAGUUCAAGGCAUAAACGCUUUGUGCGAAAGGAGAGCCUAGUUAAGGCUUAAUGGCAUGGUGGUGAGGACUUUUAGAAGCAUGGAAAACGUGUUGGUUAUUAUUCGUUCAUAUCGUGAACCUGGGGAGGAGCUGUGUAGACAGGACUCUCGAGGCUAUCUAGCAAAUGUAAUACUAGUAGUUUGCACACCGUCGUACUUGAUUGUCCGCAUGACUACGAUCUACGACAUAAUGCAAUUCUUCACUUUCUG